AUGAUGGGUAAUGCCACAGUACAGAACCCAACUAACAUCACUACGGCUGUGCCUGCACCCACAAAUGCCCUCAAUGGAUCUACCACAGAUUGUGGCCAGUGGUAUACAGUCGGAGAAGGAGAUACCUGCAGUCUGGUCACUGUCGCCAACUCCAUAUCCCUCGUGGACUUCUACUUCCUCAACCCGGAGAUUGACGCUAACUGUACCAACCUCGAGCUCGGAGAGGCCUACUGCAUUACUGCCGUUGGAGCCAUCAGUACCUACUCUGGCUACCCAGUCACAAUACCUUUGUUUACUGUGACCACCGCCAGCUUCCCCGCCGUCGAUACAUCGAUUCCCACGACCACCAGUGAUCCGGUAUUUAUCUAUACGCUAACGUAUCUCCCCACGGCCCCGGACAUACACAUAGACUGCGAGCGAUACGUUAACUAUGAUAACAGCACGUAUAACCUUAAUUUGUGCCAGUGGAUUGCCUGGCUGAAUGAGGUUAUAACGGCCAACUUCCUCGACUGGAACCCUAGUCUUAACUUGAAUCUGAGCCUGUGUACCAUGCAGCUAGGGGAUAGUUAUUAUGCCAUUCUCGAUAGUUCGUAUAUAACCAGCGAUGACAACACCAGCGGUAGCGACAGCGAGGUUGAUAACUCUUCGCUCUGCUUGCCUUUGAACGCUACCGAGCCUACCACUGUCUCAAACUGCAUCUGCUUUACGGGUGUUUAUAGCUAUAAAAGUGGAGACUAUCAAUGCGCUGAUAUCGAGGACGAUUUCGAUAUCACCGAAGCCGAACUAAUCGCUUGGAACCCCUGGCUGGCGGCCGACUGCGACAUGAAUCUGUACGCAAACCUUACCGAUAUCGAUGCUCGUGCCGUCUGUAUUGGAGCGAACUCUGGCGCGUCUACAACUACUACUACUACUCCCAGUACUACUAGUGCUACCACCACUACUACGCCGGCCGCCCCGACCCAAACUGGAUAUAUUGACGGAUGCCAGGAGUUUUAUACCAUCGCGUCAGGUGACAAUUGUUCGACCAUGGAGGCGGACUUUGGCAUUACCCUUGCGCAACUUUAUGAGUGGAAUCCUAGCAUUAGAAGCAUAUGUGCAAACCUCUGGCUUGGAUACGCCUACUGCGUAAAGGGUCCCGCGGCUAUAACAAGCAGUACAGCUGGUGCGCCCACACAGACUGGCAUCGCGUCCAACUGCAACGAAUAUCACACGGUUGCUUCUAGGGACUCGUGCGCGGCGGUUAAGAGUGAGUACGGAGUCACCUUUGCGCAGCUGUACGAGUGGAACCCGGCGAUCGGGUCAGACUGUCAGUAUUUGGAUGUUGGCUAUGCCAUUUGCGUUGGUGUUUCCUAA